AUGUUCGAGCCAGUCCGUGGCGGAACUCGCGGCGGGCAAGCCCAAUUCAAGUGGUCUGAUGUGGCCGCGGACAAGGACAGAGAACAUUAUCUCGGACACAGCAUCAAUGCACCAACGGGGAGAUGGCAGAAGAACAAGGACAUUCAUUGGUAUGGCAGGGAAGAAUCCCAAACUCAGGCUGAGAGGGACGAAGAGAUACGCAAAGUCAAGGAAGCUGAGGCUGAGGCACUCGCUGUGGCGCUGUACGUUCUCCCCCCUGACUCGUUGCCUGGUAGGUAUUCACAUUCGACAGCGGGUUUUCUCCGACGUCGAAUAGUCAACCUUUGGCCUCCUCAGCGAGUGUUCCAAACUUGA